GGUGACGGGGCGCACGGCGCAAUGAGGGGAAACGAGGGCCCAAUUCCACAGCACCGUCGAUAAUAGCAGAGCAGACUCCCCACACAGGCCGCAGGUGGAAGGGAAUUCCAGUCCCGUUCUUCUUCCAGGAGGACUCUGCGGAGGCGUUCCACGAGAUGGAGACGAAGGAGGAUGACGUGUUUCUGUGCUCGCUGCCCAAGGGCGGGACAACGUGGGUCAAUUCCAUAUUACACAGCUUGCUGUACGGCUUCGAUGCCGCGGGUCAGAAGCAGGAGGAGGCUGAGGCGCGGCCAGGUGCGAAAGUUCAAGCGUACCCGGAGGCCACCCCGAUCGAGAUCGGCGCACUCGGCAACGCUGGCACCACAGCGUCGCAAGAGGAGAUGCGCAAGACGAUGUUCGGUGAUUUCACGCUGUCCACGCUGCUAGGGCAGAGCUCACCGCGGCUGUUUUCGACUCACCUAUAUGGACACAAGUACUUGCCAGGCAAACUCGUGCAAAAAGACGGCAGAGGCCGCCUUGUCGUCGUCGUCCGAAACCUCAAGGAUGUCAUGUGUUCCCUCCACUUCUUCCGUGGUGAGCCGAAAGAUGGUUGGCUUGGCAACGAGCAUGGGAAGGGAACAUUUCGGCGCUUCCUUGAUAUGGAGACGCCGAACGCCUACGGGAAUCAGUGGGACUGGCUCCGGGACACCGAGAAGGUUAUUCAGGCCAUGAUGCCCGAGAAGCGAGUCAUAGUUGUGUACUUUGAGGCAUUGAAGCUACGGUUGAGGGCAGAAGUGCAGAGACUGGCGAGCUUCUUGAACAUCCCUUGUCCCCAAGUGAAGCUAGACGCUGUCUGCGCCGCCGUAAGCUUCGGAUCAAUGAAAGAACGAAAAUCGGUUGGCUCGAUGCUGCUUCGGAAGGGCGACAUCGGUGAUUGGAAGAAUCAUUUGUCGCCGGCACUCUGGGAUGAGUUCGACGCGGUUUUCAACCGCGAAGUCGGCAAUUCCCUCCAGCUAGUCCAGCCGAUGUACGUUUUCCAGAAGUCCGACGACAGGCAAGGUCUUCCGCCUAGGCGUGCAGAUGCGGAAUCACGGAUCGUGACUGGCGGGGAGGACCCGCGAGUAGUUUUAGGAACGUUUGACCGGGCGAAGCUUGAGUGCGGCAUGCUUUGCCCCGACACUAUGAUCACAAACUCUCCAGGAACAUGGAUCCGUCCCUCCAGCGAGGUGACGGACUUCGUCCACCCGCCGGGAGCGACGGACGUGAAGUAUGUGGCUGAGAGCGAUCGAUAUCACCUGUUUUUAUCGGCCGUGUGUCCUUGGGCCAGUGGUAUUCGCGCCGUGCGCAAACUUGCUGGCCUUGAGCAUGUCAUCUCCAUGGACGUCGCGGAUGGACAGAGCAGUCAGGGGUGGGUGUUCUUGUCCGGCUCGGCGUGCGCGGACUUCGACCGGGAGCCCUUCUGGUUGCACGAGGUGUACACGGCGCACGACACGGAGUACACAGGUCGUCUCACCGUGCCUGUCUUGUGGGACAAAAAGACUUCCCAGAUCGUCACCAACGACUCCUGGAGCAUCCUCAAGAUCUUGGGCUCCAGCUUCGCCGGCCUCGGGAGCCCUCUCGCGGGUCUUCCCCUCGACCUCGCCCCCUCGGCGGAGGUGGACGAGCUGCAGAAGGACAUCUACGAUGGCCUGCUGAACGGCGUGUACAAGUGCGGCAUCAACCUCAUGCGGGGGAACGCGAGUGGAGCCCAGGGCGCUGCACGCGGCGUAUACGACAUGCUGGCCGCCCUCGAGGACCGCCUCGCCAACCGCGGGCCCUUCCUCCUGGGCGACAGGCUCACGCUGGUCGACGUGCGCCUGCUCAUGUGCCUGCUGCGAUACGACAUCGCUUACCGGGACGGGUUCGGACUGGGAUCGGGGGAUCGAGGGCCGGUCAUCCCCUCCCGGAGAAGGGCGACGACUGUCAUCCUGACGGCGCUGGAGGGCCUGGCGGGCUACAGCGGGAGCAACAACAAUGGGAACGAUGAAGCGCGCAGCGGGUAUCCCGCGUUGGCCGCCUACUUGCGGCGGGGAGUGAAGAUGUUCCGAACCGAAAUUGAAUUUUCGGCCUGCACUCAUUAUUAUCGCUGGGCUGUAGGGCUGCCCCAGGCCUGCGUCUUCCCAACCGAUAUGCAGGCGUUCGUCGAGGCAGUUGACGCCUCGUAGAGUAUGCGUAUGGUGGGCUACUGUGCAGUUUGUUUGUGCAUGCAUUGCGCACACAGACACAGACACAGACACAGACACACACAC